CUCUCUCUCCUCUCUCCUCUCUCCUCUGUCUCUCUCUCUCUUUCUCUCUCCAUCAAGAACCCUAAAGAGAGACCUCUCCAAGGGAUUGCGCGGAGAAGGCAAUGUGGUAGAUCGAUGGGCUGAGCGGGAUCGAAAAGAAGGGUUUUUUGAUUGGAUCUCUUUUUUUUUCUUUUUUUUUCUUUUCUUUUUGCUUUUGGUGUGUGUGAUUCUAGAUGGAUGAAGAUGGGGGGUUGGGGCUUCGGAAUUGGGGCUUCUACGACCCUCCGGUGAAGGGGAAUUUGGGGCUCCAGCUCUCGUCGGUGGCGGCGGAGCGCGACGCGAAGAAGCCGCCGCCGCUGCCGCUGCCUCUCUUAUCGAAUGGCGGCGGCGGCGGCAGCGCCGGAUUCCUCCACCGUGACUGCGUCGUGCCAGAGCCAUCUGUUCCGAUGAUGGACUACAUGCGCGACGGCGCCGGGUGGGGUGCCCACCACCCACACCAUCACCACCAACACCAACACCAACACCACCACCACCACCAUCAACAACACCCCAAUUAUGGCGGUGCCGCCGCAGCCGCCGCCGCCGCCGCGAUGCUCCCGAACAUCAUGCACACCCUUCACAUGAUGCCGGCCCCGCCGCAGCCGCAAUUGCCCGAGCCGCCGCUCGAGGCGCCCAAGGAUGAGGACCGGGUGGCCCCGGCCCUGGCCCCGCCAAUGCCGGACGAGCCGCCCCCCUCGAAGAAGCGGCUUGGCGGAGCCCGGCCCUCGCACAAGCCCCCCAAGCCCAGGAAGCCUAAGAAAGCCGCGGCCUUUCCCGAGAGCCCGAACGGCUCGACCUCUUCUUCCCGGGGGAAGAGGAAGAGCACUGAUAUGGUAAUCAACGGCAUCGAUUUGGACAUCUCGCGGAUCCCCACGCCCGUCUGCUCGUGCACGGGAGCCGCACAGCAGUGCUACCGGUGGGGGGCCGGGGGGUGGCAGUCCGCAUGUUGCACCACUAGCAUUUCUAUGUAUCCCCUGCCGAUGAGUGCGAAGAGGAAGGGGGCGAGGAUCGCCGGGCGGAAGAUGAGCCAAGGGGCCUUCAAGAAAGUGCUCGAGAAGCUCGCCGGCGAAGGGUAUAAUCUUUCUAAUCCGAUUGACUUGAAAACCUUUUGGGCCAAGCAUGGGACCAACAAGUUUGUGACUAUCAGGUAAAAAGAAAAGGGUAAAUUGUGUUAGAUGUUGUUUAAAUGUUAAUCUCUCUGCAUUCGGAUCCGAUUUUACUUUGUACAUACUCUAUAUGACCUUAUGCAGGGGGAGGUCUUUGGAUAGAUUGUAGCCCAGCUUUUUUUUUUUUUUUUUUUUUUUUUUUUU